AUGGCGUCCGUGACAAAGCACUCGGCUUCGAACACGGAUUCACGGUUGCCGAAGCCUCGCAAGAAUCUCGCCUCGCGCAAGAUUCACACGGAGGGCCGCAUUGUCGCCAAGAAGGAGUCGACCAGCGCUGGAACGAAGAAGAAGCACCGCUGGCGCCCCGGCACUGUCGUGAUGCGCGAGGUGCGCCGGUAUCAGAACACUACCGAAUUCCUCAUCGCGAAAGCCCCGUUUCGCCGCCUUGUGCGGGAGAUUGUGUCCAACCUGAAGGAAUCCCUCCGUAUGAGUGCCACCUGCGUGGAGGCGCUGCAGGAGUCGACCGAGCUGUACGUCACCUCUGUGCUCGCGGACGCCAACCUCUGCACGCUGCACGCCAACCGCGUUACGGUGUACCCAAAGGACAUUCAGCUGGCGUUGAAGUUACGUGGGGAGCGUUUGUAG